GAGGAAUUACCCUGGAAUAUGAACUCCUCAAGUGGGGACGAUGAGGCGCCAAAGGAUCCGCGAACAGGCGGUGAGGAUUUUACUCAACAGUUUACAGAAAACGAUUUCGAGGGACACCGUGCGCACACCGUUUAUGUGGGCGUCCACGUGCCCGGAGGACGUCGCCAUUCGACGCGACGCCGCAAGCAUCAUCACAGUGCAACUUCAUCGGUUGCAGGAACUGUUGUUGGUGGCAAUGUCACUGGAUCGGCCAGAGAUAGCAUCGGCGACAAGCAACAGGAAGUAGAGCGUCCAGCAACGCCGCCCGCCCAACGCGUUCAGUUUAUACUGGGCGAGGAUGUGGACGAUGGCUCGCAUGUGUCGCACCCUCUGUUCUCAGAGAUGGGCAUGUUGGUAAAGGAAGGCGAUGAAAUUGAAUGGAAGGAAACAGCACGUUGGAUCAAGUUCGAAGAGGAUGUCGAGGAAGGCGGCAAUCGAUGGUCUAAGCCACAUGUAGCAACACUCUCGUUGCACUCACUAUUCGAGCUUCGUGGUCUGUUGGCCAAUGGCACCGUUAUGCUCGAUAUGGAGGCGAAUAAUCUGGAGGUGGUCGCCGAUUUGGUCUGCGAUCAUAUGGUAAGCGGUGGCACACUGCCCGCCGGUGUCAAGGAUAAGGUAAAGGAUGCGUUACUUCGUCGCCAUCGUCAUCAGCAUGAGUAUGCAAAAAAGUCUCGACUGCCCAUAAUACGAUCUCUGGCGGAUAUGCGUAAUCAAUCGUCAUCUAGAAAGAAAAAAUCACAUUCCAAAAAACUGCGGCCUGCACAAAAUCUGCCUGUGAUCACAGAGGAUAUGGUUAAGAGUCCCAGCAGUCAAUCUAUGGCCAGGCAAACCAGCGGCACCGAGUUGGCCGAACAACAACAUAAGGGAAAUACGCACUUCAUGCGAAAAAUACCCCCUGGUGCCGAAGCUAGCAACAUUCUAGUGGGCGAGGUGGACUUCCUGGAGCGACAACUAUCCUGUUUCAUUCGUCUCAGCCAGGCAGCGGUCAUGGGAGAUUUGACCGAGGUGCCAGUGCCCACCAGAUUCAUCUUUAUACUACUGGGUCCACCGGGUAGCCAGAGUAAUUUCCAUGAGAUUGGACGAGCCAUGGCUACACUAAUGUCGGAUGAGAUUUUCCAUGAGGUCGCGUAUCGGGCAAGAAAGCGGGAUCAUUUGCUCGCCGGCGUUGAUGAGUUUUUGGACGCAGUGACAGUAUUACCACCGGGCGAAUGGGAUCCAACCAUACGCAUUGAACCACCAGCUGCAAUUCCAUCACAAGAAAUACGCAAGCGACCUCCAGAGCUGCCCAAGGAGGAGAUCGAUGAGGAGGAAGAGGAGCAGCGAUUGCGGGAGGAGUCAGGAUUAUCGAGAACAGGACGACUUUUUGGCGGUCUAAUUAAUGAUUUUAAACGGAAAGCUCCUUGGUAUUUGAGCGAUUAUCGUGAUGCACUUUCGAUGCAGUGUGUUGCCUCAUGGAUCUUUCUGUAUUUCGCUUGCUUGUCUCCUAUUAUUACCUUUGGAGGUCUGUUGUCUGAGGCGACGGGCAAGAAUAUGGCAGCAAUGGAAUCGUUAGUCUCUGGGUUUGUUUGCGGAAUGGGUUAUGGCUUCUUUUCCGGUCAGCCGUUGACAAUUUUGGGUUCCACCGGUCCAGUGCUGGUCUUUGAGUCAAUUGUCUAUGAGUUCUCAAUAUCUCAAGGAUGGGACUAUAUGACUUUCCGGUUCUGGAUCGGCAUGUGGGUCGCCGUCAUUUGUGUCGUUCUGACCGCGAUCGAUGCCAGUGCAUUAGUCUGUUACAUCACACGCUUCACCGAGGAGAAUUUUGCAACACUUAUUGCAGUUAUCUUUGUUUACAAGGCCAUCGAAAAUGUUUUCGUCAUUGGCAAAACCUUCCCGGUAAACCAAGGCAUCUAUAAUUGUGUCUGCACACCGCCGCUCCAUAGCAAUGCCACUGUCUUUGAAUUUGCGAAAUACAAAUGGGACUCCUGUGAGUCAUAUGGUGGCAUUCUAAGUGGCACUGAUUGCCAUUCCCCACCCACCGAGAAUGUCUUCCUUAUGUCUGUGGUGUUAUGUGCAGGAACCUUUAUCUUUUCCACGAUACUCAAGGAAUUCAAAAACGCGUUAUUCUUUCCAUCGAUUGUGCGACAAUAUAUUAGCGAUUUUUCUGUGCUGAUUGCCAUCUUUUCCAUGAGUUUCUUUGACUAUUCAUUGGGUGUGCCCACACAGAAGCUGGAGGUGCCACAUGAAUUGAAACCCACAUUGAGCACACGUGGUUGGUUUAUACCACCAUUCAGUGAGAAGAAUCCUUGGUGGUCACCUCUAAUUGCUGUAUUCCCAGCACUGCUUGGCACCAUUCUCAUUUUUAUGGAUCAACAAAUUACGGCUGUGAUUGUUAAUCGCAAAGAAAACAAAUUAAAGAAGGGCUGCGGCUAUCACUUGGAUCUAUUUGUUCUCUCCGGUCUGAUUGCCAUCUGCAGUAUGAUGGGUCUGCCCUGGUUUGUGGCAGCCACAGUGCUGAGCAUUAAUCAUGUGAAUUCAUUAAAACUGGAAUCGGAGUGCAGUGCCCCUGGUGAAAAGCCACAGUUCUUGGGUGUACGCGAGCAGCGUGUGACACACAUUAUGAUUUUCCUGACCAUUGGCGGUUCGGUGCUAUUGACACCGCUGCUCGCAUACAUACCGAUGCCAGUGCUCUUCGGUGUCUUCUUAUAUAUGGGCGUGGCCUCGCUCAAGGGUCUGCAAUUCUUCGAUCGUAUUUUGAUUAUGUUUAUGCCAGCCAAAUAUCAGCCAGACUAUAUGUUCCUGCGCCAGGUUCCCAUCAAGCGAGUGCAUCUAUUUACAAUUAUUCAACUGGCCUGUCUCAUCAUUUUGUGGCUGAUCAAGAGCUUCUCGCAGACUUCCAUAUUGUUCCCACUUAUGUUGGUCGUCAUGAUUGGCAUACGCAAGUCUUUAGAUUUUGUCUUUACGAGGCGUGAGUUAAAAAUUCUCGAUGAUAUAAUGCCGGAGAUGACGAAACGUGCGGCAGCCGAUGAUCUGCAUCAACUGGACGCUGAGGACAACCAUCAUCAGCAUCAACAUCAACCGCCCAGAACGAAUGAUGCCUACAAUUCGAGUAAACCCGGGGCCGGUUCGGAUGCCACAACCAUUCAUAUACCAUUAUCGGGCAGUAAAUUGGGAAAUAACGGUACGGGAACUGUGCCACCGGAAGUUAAUCGUACUGCAGUCUGGCAACAGAUCAACAAGGAUGGAAUUUCCGAGCAAUUGAUCAUACCCGUCACCGUUAAAGUGCGUCAAAUCAAUGGCAAUCAUUCCUCGACAAAUGCUGCUUUAUCUCCACGCCUAUCUCCCAUGCACGAGGCCGAUGAAUAUAAUGAAAUGAAUAACAAGACGACAACCAUGCCAACCACGAAUCAACAGAAGAUCAGCAACUGUAAGGAGGCAUCUGGCAAGUUAGAUGCUGCCGUGGUUACCACACAGUCCCCAGCCAACAUAACUCCGGUCUAAGUGGGUCUAAUGGCACCACAGCAAUACCAAGUUCAAGAAUUACCAAACUACCUAUUUAUCUAUCUUAUAGAGAGAGAAUACACAAAUCAUGUAGAUUGAAUCAGGUUUAGGACGUUAAGAUUUACAAACAUACCAACAUUUAUCUAUCGAAGUGUGAAUGUCAAAUAUACAUACCAGUAUCAUAACUAUACAUACACACUAUAUACCUUUUAAUUAAAAUACUUAUUUGUAGUAGUUUUUUGAAAAAGUUUAGCUGUGCCAGUAGUAGCAUUUCACCAAAUGCCUAAAUAGUUGACGGUAAAAUAGGAAAAAUAAAAGUAGAUUAUGUCGAGGAUUUUGGGCUCAGGUACACAUUUUACAAGUAUUAUUUUUACAUAUUAUACAAAUUCUAUCUGGCUCAAAGGCUAAAUGAUAGAAUAGAAAAAUACAGCAAUAUGUAAACACGUUUUUUACAUGAAUUUUAUAAAAUACAAA